AUGGAUUUGCUCGCGGAGAAACCGCUCAACUUGGCCAAUAUUCGCUAUGCCCUCAUCCGGCAAGAAGAUACAAUCAUCUUCAAGCUCAUUGAACGUGCUCAGUUUCCUCAAAACGGUACUAUCUAUAAACCAGGUGCUAUUCCUAUUAAGGACUUUGAUGGCUCCUUCUUGGACUUUGUGCUGGAAAAGUCUGAGCAAGCUCAUGCCCUCGUCCGCCGCUACCAAUCGCCUGAUGAGUAUGCCUUCUCCUCCAAUCUACCGGAACCCAUCAUCCCACCACUCCAGUACCCUUCACUCAUCAAGGCAGAUGGAGUGAGCGUCAACCACAAAAUCAAGGAAUUCUACCUAGAAAAAAUCGUGCCAAAGCUGUGUGAAAGCAAUGUAGGCGGUGACCAGGGCGAGCGAUUGGAAAACUAUGGCUCAGCAGCCGUGUGCGACGUCGAGUGUCUUCAGGCCUUGUCACGUCGUAUCCACUUUGGUAAAUUUGUUGCUGAAGUCAAAUUCCUGGCGGAGCGGGAAAAGUACACAAAGAUGAUUCAGGAGAAGGAUAUUGAGGGCUUGACCAAGGGUAUCACCAAUGCUGCAGUUGAACAGCAGGUCCUUGCACGACUCGAAAAGAAGGCCCGUAAUUAUGGCCGGGAUCCCGCAGAUUUGGAUAGCGCGGAAGCCCCUGGCAAGGUCGAUGUCGAGACGGUCGUGCGGAUGUACGAGAACUUUGUCAUUCCACUCACAAAAGAAGUAGAGAUUGAGUAUCUCCUGCGAAGGCUCGAGCUAGACUAG